AGAAGACCAAGAAGAAGAAUUGAGAGAAUGUGGUGGUGGUCUUCUUCAACAAAAGGUCGUUCGAAUCUGGAGAGGUUUCUUUUAGGAAUCACUCCUAAGCCUCCUUCGUUCUCUCUUCCUCAGGAACAGGGAAAGGAGGAGAUUGAGUAUUUCAGGCUUGGUGAUCUCUGGGAUUGUUAUGAUGAGAUGAGUGCAUAUGGCUUUGGAACACAGGUUGAUUUAAGCAAUGGCGAAACCGUUAUGCAGUACUAUGUCCCAUACCUAUCUGCCAUCCAAAUCCACACUAACAAACCCGCAUUGCUUUCCAGGAACCAGAAUGAGGUGGCUGAAUCUGAGAGUAGCGAGGGUUGGAGCGAUAGUGAGAGUGAAAAGUUGUUGUCAAGGUCAUUGAGCAAUGAUUCGAGCAAAACAUGGGAUGCUGUCUCUGAAGACUCGGUUUUUGAUCCGGAUGGUACGCCAUUGCUGAAAGAGAGACUUGGUUGCCUUGACUUUAAGUACAUUGAAAGAGAUCCUCCGCACAAGCGAAUUCCCUUAACCGACAAGAUAAACGUAUUGGUGGAGAAAUAUCCAGGACUCAUGACCUUAAGGAGUGUGGACAUGUCUCCUGCAAGUUGGAUGGCUGUUGCGUGGUACCCGAUAUAUCAGAUCCCGACCUGCAGAAACGAAAAAGAUUUGACGACAGGCUUCCUAACUUAUCAUACUCUAUCUUCUUCUUUUCAAGAUAAUGUGGUGGAAGGAGAUCAAAGCAACAACACAGGCAAUGAAGAAACAGAGUUUUGUGAAGAUUCUGUUAUAAACAAGAGAAUCCCAUUGCCUCCAUUUGGUGUAGCAACUUACAAAAUGCAAGGAGAUCUUUGGGGGAUGACGGGAUUUGACCAAGACCGGUUGGUUUAUCUUCAAAGCGCUGCGGAUUCAUGGCUGAAACAGCUCAAUGUUGAUCACCAUGACUAUAACUUCUUCCUAAACUCAAGCUUCUAAAGAUCAAUCGGGUCGUUCGUAUGUUUGUCCUUCUCCAAACCUAAAAAAAAAAACUCAUAACCCUGAACUUUUCUUUGUUGUUUUCGAAAGCUCCUUUCCUUCUCUGUGUUUUUGUUCUUUUUGGGCUCGUUGUGUUGUUUUAGGUAGCAACCGCCGCCAUCGCGGAGUUUUUUCUCCUGUUGCAAGCCAAUCAUGGAAGUUUCUAAGAAGAAAACAGAGCUUUUUCUUUCUUUUUUACGGUGUUGAGAAAACAAGAAAGUUGUUUUCUUUUCUUGGGUGAGAUCAUGUAAAUUGACCUUGAACAGAGAACUCUGUUUUGUACUUUUCUGUCUAAAUAUAUAAAAAUCUGUCUUUCUU